UUUCAUUUUUCAUUCAGUCAGCAAUAAAAGGUGUAUUAUUAGUCAAUAAUUUUAAUAAACAUUUUUGAGCCUUUUCAAUUUUUGUUUCAAAUUGGGUCUUGUCCCUCUCUUUUCGCAGCAAACCGAACCUUGUACAAGGUUUAGAAUCAAAAUGGGUCUUGUCCACUUUUAUUCUUCAAAUAUUUCGUGAAUUAGUGCAUUUUGAAUGGAUUUAAUUAAUGAAAAUCAUUUUAUGCACUUCAAACUAAAUUCUAAAAUUAUAAGUCAUCCAAUAAUUAGUCCAUUCAUUCAUGUCACAAUAGUUUUUGCUCAAUAUCUCAGAAUCGAUUGGAGUGGACAAGACUCACUUUGAAACUGCACUCCUCAUUAUUAUUCAUUUAUUUAUUAUUAAAAACUGUUCUUAUUCUUGUAAAUCAAGGAUUAUGAUUCAAAAGGCAUUGGGACAAGACAUAAAUAUGCGAGGCCAAUUUCAAAAAGAGUUUUAAGUUCCCGAUCAAUUGAAUCUAAAAAUCAACAAUUGAGGGCCUUGCAACAAAAAGGAUCCAGCUCCACUUUUUGACCAAUUUCAGGUUAAGACAUUUUCUGAUUCCAAAAAAAUAGCUGCAUCGAUUGGUGCAAUCAGGAUUCAAAUCCAUUCAAAAACAACAGAGAUAGCAUGGGUGUCUUCUUUGGGUUGGCGGAAAAAAGAUCCAGCUCCUGGAGCUGAAUCGUUUUUGGCCCAACCGAAUAUUCAUAUUCAAGAGGCAGUGCUGAAAAUACUAGCGGCUGUGAACAGCUGGUUGAAUCAGUUUGGCGCGUUUCUAACCUCAAUUUUCUGUGUUUUGUACAGCAAUCUUGUUGACUCUUUAAUGCUUACUAUUUCUUACGUUUGUUUCAAGAACAAAUACAAUAAUUAUUAACUUUCUGUUAUAAUAAACUACAAACUAAAAUGGGUUCUGAAAGUGAUUAUACGGACAGUGAAAGUAUAAGCUCUAGUGAAGAACAAUCUAUAGAAAGUAAUUCUACAGAUUCUAGUGAAGAUCAGCCUGGACCAACUAAGAAAAACGACGUUCUGUUGAUGUGAAAAAGUGGAAAAGAAAUAAAAGACAAAGAAAACUGGCCAAAGGUAAACGUCAUAUGAACAGUGUUGGUAAGAUUGUUGGACCGCGAGUCAUUGGAUCAAAUUGUGAAUGUAAGUAUCAAUGCUUUCAUUAUGUUGAUCAGAAAAUUCGUGAAAAAGUGUUGAAACAAUUCAACAGACUUGGUGAAAAACAUAAACAAUACAUUUAUUUAGCUGGGUUGAUAACUAAAAAAGCUAUUCGACGUCGUAGGCCAAAGUCAGGAGAUGGAAAUCCUUGUAACUGUUCAAAUGAGUAUAGGGGAGACCGGGGCUAGUUUGGACACGGGGCAGCAUUGGACAUGCUGAUAAUUUCUGCUAUAGUGAUUAAGUUGGUAAACCUGUCAGCUCAGUCUGUAGUCCUUCACAUCAUUGUCAGCUGGCAACUUGGCAGUAGUUGAAUGGCGAUAAUACUUAACAGGAUUCAUGGUAAGUGACUUUUUAAAAUUUCAUACCUUCUCUUAUAAUAUUUUGAGAUGUUUCAUCUUCAUGAUUAAGGAAGUUUUUACAAUAGAAUUCUCAUGAAAAACAUUCUAUACAUUGAACAAUAUAUUGAGAAAGAUAUGAGCAUUAACUUGGACAGAUACAACUACUUUGAGGUUAGGUGUGGAUGAUUUUAUAUUUUUGGAGCACUAGGGGCUACAUUGGACAGGCCUGUCCAAUGUAGCCCCACUCUAUAGAUAAAUGUUAAGCUUUCAUUUUCAAAUUAUUCCUAAUUGUGAAUCAUUAUUGUUAUUCAACAUUAUAAUUCAAUGAGUGGUAUUUCUAUAAUUUCCAACCAUCAUCCUUCAAUUAAGUCUAUCAAUCACUUCUUCAAUGAAAUAAGUCACUGAUAAAAGGUACUAUUUUUGUUCAGUUUUUGUGCUUAAUAGAAUAUUCUGGGAGUAUUAUUAUUAUAUUUCAGGGAAUAUGUUAAUAUUAUUUCAAACUUGAUAAGUUACUUGAUCAAACUCUCCCAACAUAAUAUAUGUCUAACAUUUGAAAAAUGUACUUGCUCUCUUAUUCCACUGAUAGGCUUUUGAUUGUUUCUGUCUUUACAGAUGGUUCGAGUUUAUAAAAGAAGAACAGAGCGGCACUUAGAAGAAGGGGACACCAAGUCUGCUGUUGAGGAUGUAAUCAAGAAAGGGAUAUCAUUGCGUUCUGCAGCAGCUCAAUGUGGAGUGAAGAAGUCUAGAUUGGGAUACCUAGUGAAACAAGCAAAAGAGAUUGGAUUUGAAAAUAUGGACUUCUCAUCUCACUUCAACACCAGACAAGAGUAUUCACAGAUGCAUCAGAGAAAUUACUUGGUGAGUACUUAUUGCAAUGUUCCAGUAUGUUCUAUGGCCUGACACCCAAGAGUACAAGGAAACUGGCAUAUGAGUAUGCAAAAAUCAAUAAUCUACAGUAUCCAAAAACCUGGGAUGAACGUAAAGAAGCAGGUCAAGACUGGUUUUCUGGUUUUCUUAGAAGAAAUCCAAAUCUCUCUUUGCGGACACCAGAACCAACAAGUCUAGCAAGAAUGACUGCAUUCAAUAAGCAUACAGUAGGAGUCUUCUUCAACAAACUUGAGGAAGUUAUAAAGAGAUACAACUUUCGCCCAAAUGAAAUUUUUAAUCUUGAUGAGACAGGAGUGACUACAGUUCCUCGAAGUGAAAAGAUCAUUGGCAAAAAAGGAUGCAAGCAGGUGGGGCAAGUCACAUCACGUGAAAGGGGAGAGCUUGUUACACAAGUGGCCAUAAUCUGUUCCAAUGGAAAUGCAUUACCACCAAUAUGGAUUUUCCCUCGAGUGCGCCUUGAUGAGAAUCGUAUGAUGUCUGGUGCCCCCCCAGGUGCACUUGGAUUAACACACCCAUCAGGUUGGAUGACAUCAGGAAACUUCAUUAAAGUACUGGAAUUUUUCAAAGAAAAUGUUAGAUGUUCCAAAGAAAAACCUGUGUUAUUGAUCAUGGACAAUCAUGAAUCCCAUUUGAGUGUUGAAGGUUUGAGCUUUUGUAAAGAUAAUGGAAUUGUCAUUUUGACACUUCCUCCUCACACAUCAAACAAGCUGCAGCCAUUGGACCGUUCUGUGUUUGGGCCAUUCAAAAAGUUUUUCAGUUCAGCUGUUCAAUCAUUGAUGAAUAGUAAUCCCAAUGCACUUCUCAAUAUUUAUUCACUGCCAGCAUUGUGUGCUUCAGCCUGGGAUCGCGCAGCAACUCCAGAAAAUAUAAAAUCAGGCUUCAGAGCUGCAGGAAUUUCACCAUUCGACAAAGACAUUUAUUCUGAAUUAGAUUUCUUGCCAUCUGCAGUCUCAGAUCGACCCAUGCCAGAGCCCCAAGAGCCCCAGUCUCUCCCAAUUGAAGAAUCAAGUUCACCUCUUCCUCAAACUCCAAUUGGUGGUGGAAGUUCCAAGUCAACUGAUCUACAACCUCUUCCUCAAACUCCACUUGCUGAUGUAAUCGCCAAGUCAACUGAUCUGCAAGUGAUUACUCCAGAAGAUAUAAGGCCACUUCCUAAAGGGAAAAUAAGGGUUGAAUCAAAUCGUGGUCGUAAGAAUGGUCGUUGCAUGAUUGCUACGGACACACCUGAAAACUUGAGCUGGAGAAGAGAAAGUCGCAUGCAACUCCCAAGAGAAGAAUUUUGACACCAUUAACUUCAUUGUCUUCUUCUUUAAAUGAUGAUUUGUGUGAAGAACCAGGAGAUUCUCCUUUCUUAUCUGAUACUUCAUCUGAUCAAGAUACCUCUGACAUUGAACAUAGAAUUAAGGAGGGAGAUUUUGUCAUCAUCAAGUUCCCCCCCCCCCAAAAAAAACUGUGAAGUAUUUUAUUGGAAAAAUCUCAGAACUUAUUGAACCAACAUCCGAUUACAGAGUUAGUUUUUUGUGCCGUAAAGGUAAAAGCAAUAGUUUUGUUUUUCCAACAAUGGAAGAUAAUUCUAUUAUCAAUUUGCAAGAUGUGUGUAGAAAACUGUAUCCAAUUUCAGUAAGGAGAGGACACCACCGUUUCAAUGAAAGAAAACUGAGAAAAUUUGGAAAUUUAUUGAAUUGAAAAUAUUGUCUUAUUGAAACAUUCCCAAUGACCAAAGUGUUGAUAAAGAUUGAAAAUUUUGUUUAGAAUGUAAUUGCAUUUAAUAUUCAUAAUAAAAGUUCCAUGCAUCAAUAAUUUCAAUAUAUUUUCCUGCCUGUCCAAAGUAUCCCCUCCCUGUUCAAAGUAUCCCCACCCUCUGUCCAAUGUAGCCCCGGGUAUGGGGAUAGAUUGGACAAUUGUCACCGAGAUGUUUUUUCAACUCAAAUUUUUUAUAGGAUAAAUGAAAACAAUUUUUUGCUGAUUCAAUAGCAAGCUGAGAUUCUAAGCUUUCAAUUGGUAUAGGUUUGAGAUCGAUUACCUUCUAAAUAAAUUUUCUGUGAGUGUUUAUAGAAAAAUUGUCCAACCUAUCCCCGGUCUCCCCUAGUAUAAAAUUUGGGACUUUUCAUCGGAAGGUUUGCAAGAGAGCUUUUGCUUAUGUGCAUGGAAUUUCUACAAAGAGGGUACAAAAUAUUGCAAAAAAACAAACAUUACUGCUAGAAGUGAAACAAGAGGAAAGCAUCUCAAUCGACCAAAUCACAUUCCAGAAGAUUUUGUUCAACAGGUUCACGACCAUAUAAGAAGCUUCCCACGCCGAGUGUCACAUUACAGUAGGCGAGAUAGCCAACGUUUCUAUCUGUCACCAGAUCUUAAUUCUAAAUUGAUGCAUGGACUCUACCUUCAGAAGUAUGAGACUGAUAUGUAUAAUAAAUUGAUAUCUAAUGAGAAAGAUGGCUAUCAUUUCAAUAGACUUUCAUUUCCGUUACUUAAAAUCCAAUUUCAAUUAUACGUUUGG